CAAAAGUGCCCUAAUAUCUUCAUUUUUCUGGACUCCUUUCUCUCGCCGCACGGCGCCGCGACAUCCCCCUCUUUCUUCGAGCGCGAGAACAAGGUUCUCUGCUCCUUCCAUUAGGUUCGCAAGGCUUUCUUUGUCUUUCAUCUCAUCGAGCUGCAAGAGCAGUACGAGCAUCUCUUUUCUCCAAUCGAACAUGCAAUCCUUCAAGCGGCGAGCAUAAAAAUGGCAAGAUGGGACGAAGACCCGCCCGUUGUUAUCGCCAAAUCAAGAACAAACCCUACCCCAAAUCCCGCUACUGCCGCGGUGUCCCUGAUCCUAAAAUCCGCAUCUACGACGUUGGAAUGAAAAAGAAAGGCGUCGAUGAGUUCCCCUUCUGCGUCCACCUCGUCUCCUGGGAGAAAGAAAACGUCUCCAGCGAAGCUCUCGAAGCUGCCCGCAUCGCCUGCAACAAAUAUAUGACAAAAGCUGCCGGGAAAGAUGCCUUCCAUCUCCGCGUCCGUGUUCAUCCCUACCAUGUUUUGCGCAUCAACAAAAUGCUCUCGUGCGCCGGCGCCGAUCGUCUCCAAACCGGCAUGCGAGGUGCCUUUGGGAAGCCGCAGGGGACGUGCGCGAGGGUGGCGAUCGGUCAGGUUCUGCUGUCCGUGAGGUGCAAGGAUAGCAACAGCGCGCACGCGCAGGAGGCACUGAGGCGAGCAAAGUUCAAGUUUCCGGGGAGGCAGAAGAUCAUUGUGAGCAGGAAGUGGGGGUUCACGAAGUUCAGCAGAACAGAUUAUAUAAAAUGGAAGCAGGAGAACAGGAUUGUUUCCGAUGGAGUUAAUGCGAAGUUGUUGGGUUGUCAUGGAAGGCUUGCGCUGAGGCAGCCGGGGAAGGCCUUUCUGAGUGAGGAUUUGACUACGCAUGCUUAGUUGAAGGUUGGUUGGUUUGCUGCAACUUCUGCUUAGUUUUGUUUCUUGGCUUGUGUUAGAACUGGAACAUGAUGUGUUUGUAAUACUUUGUUGUUAUGUUAUCUAUUUGAUCUUUGGAUUGAUAGAAACUGUAUUUUGUGGUUUUCUUACACGCAGGUUGAACAUUUAUUAUCUAUUUAUGUUA